AUGCUCUCACGUGUUGCUGUAGUCAAGGCACCCCGCACACACAACCGUCGCCGCGUGACCGGAUCCAGCGGAAGGAGGAGGGAGGGAAGAGAGAGUGAGCCGCAGAGGCCCAACAUGUCCCGGCGUGUGUUUACUUCCGCGGUGCUUCUCCUCCUCUUCGUGUUGUGCUGCGACCGUGGAGCUACGACCGCUCAGGUGGAAAAGGCCACUGAUGCCUCAACUCCUUCUGGGUCGGCAUUGACGGGUGCCAUUGCUGCAGAGGGGAGUGCUUCAGGGGGUGUUGAGAGGCCGCAGCAGGUCGAUCUAUUUGUGCCGCAGACGACGCAGGUGCUGCAGAAGACGGGGACUGGCUCAAGUGGGAGGGAUUCAUUUGUUUCACCCUCUCUCGUCAGUGCUGGUGGAGUAAUUGCUGCUUUUGCUGAAGGUCGCAUAAAUGCCAAAAACACCCCCCCUACCGAAUCAACUAAGCCGUCUUCUGAUGUGGUUGCGGAGUACAUCGACUCUGCGUGGGAAUGGUCCACUCUUGUCGAAAAGGUCAAAGAGGAAGGAUGGAGGGCACGCACCGUGCUUGGUAAAGCGGAGGGAAAUGAGAGUUUUGAUGUUGUGCGCCACCCCACAACAACCAUGAAGGGCAAUAAGGUGUUUCUUCUUGUGGGAAGCACUGCCUUGUCCGAUGUAAAUGAGAGUUGGAAAGAGGGCAGCUUGGAAAUAAAACUGGUUGUUGGUGAGGUCACGAAUCCCACGGACAGUGAGCAGAGUAAACGGAUCGAAUGGGGCGAAAUCAAGUCUCCGUUGAACGGGAGUACUAUAGCUGCUCACAAAGGUAACCUGAAGGAGUUUGCUGCUUCUGGUGGCUCGGGUGUUCUGAUGGAGGACGGCACGCUUGUGUUUUCACUGAUGGCGGUGAAUGAAAAAAAUGAUGGCGUUUACUCCAUGAUUAUUUACUCGAAGGACAACGGCAGUACCUGGGCGCUCUCUGAGGACAUGUCACCUGCGAACUGCACUGACCCCCGCAUCACCGAGUGGGAGGGAUCACUUCUCAUGAUUGUUGACUGCGAGAACGACCAGAGGGUGUACGAGUCGCGUGACAUGGGGAAAACGUGGACGGAGGCCAUCGGGACACUCCCAGGCGUGUGGGUCAACUCACAGUCGGAAGACUAUCCGGAAGUAUUCUUGCACGUGGAUGCCCUCAUCACCGCGACCAUCGAGGGCAGGAAGGUCAUGCUGUACAUUCAGAGAGGGUACGCCUCGGUGGAGAAGGAGGCCACUGCUCUCUACCUUUGGGUGACGGACAACAACCGCUCGUUUUUUGUUGGACCGGUUGGCAUGGACGAUGCUGCUGCGGAUUGGGAGCUCGCCAGCAGCCUGCUGCACUCGGAUGGCAAUUUGCAUCUUUUACAACGGAGGGGCAGUGGUGAACACAGUGCCAUCUCACUCUCCCGCCUGACGGAGGAACUGAGUACAAUCAAUUCUGUCCUGAAGACCUGGGCGCAAAAUGACGCCUUUUUCUCCAACUUGUCUAUACCCACGGCGGGUCUGGUGGCGGUAUUGUCAAACGCAUCGGCCAGCGGUGACACGUGGAACGACGAGUACCUUUGCCUGAAUGCAACGGUGAAAAACGCCACGAAGGUCAAGGAUGGGUUUCAAUUGACGGAGCCUGACUCCAGGGCAAUAUGGCCCGUGAACACUCGGGGUGAUAAUGUGCGUCAUAUAUCCUUGAGCCACAACUUCACACUUGUGGCGUCGGUGACCAUCGAAGGGGCCCCGAGCGAGAAAACUCUACUGACUGCGGUGUUGGGGGACACUGAGCCCCCGUAUAUCAUGAGACUGUCGUACACCGCGGAUAACAAGUGGGAGACUAUGCUCAAGGACGAGGAAAAAACAACAAAAAGUGGCACAUGGAAGGCGGGGAAAGAAUACCAAGUGGCACUCAUGCUGCAAGGCAAAAAGAGAUCCGUGUACGUUGAUGGUGAGUUGCUGGGGGAGGAAGAAGUGCCGUUAACAGGUGAGACACCACUUGAGCCUUUUGGGUUUUGCUUUGGCGCGUGCGGUGAGGAUGAUGAUGGGGAGGAGUCCAGUCCGGAGGAGAUCGGCAAAAAACCUAGUGUGACGGUGACGAACGUCUUUCUGUACAACCGCCCACUGAAUUCCACUGAGAUGAUUGCAAUCAAGGACAGGAAACCCGUUCCGAAGAGAGCUCCGGAACCACAAGUAAAAAUUGCCCCUAUUCCUAUCGCACCUACUGUGUCUGCUGUACCUGGCCCACGGGAAUUACCAGCAGCACCGGGGAGGACAACUGUGGGGACAACCGCCAAUACCCAACAUGCGCCAGCGGGACGCUUGACUUCUGCUGGGAAUGAAGGGACGGCACGAGAAAAGGGUGAUGGUGGGGCAAAUGGUGAUGCUGGUUCCGCGUACGGGAGGGAACUGCUGCCGCUGCUGCUUCUGCUGGGACUGUGGGGCCUUGCGACUGCGUGA